AUGAGGGUCCCGGUGCGCUCCGCGCUGUUUUACGCCCUCGUCCUGCUCCGCCUGGGCUGCGCACACACCCGGGCACCUAUCUGGGCACCGACAUGGGUACCCCCCCGCGCCCCGCCGCGCUGUCCCGCGCUGAUGCUGCAGCUGCUCCGCGCCCCCCCCGCCCCUCUCCGCGCCGCCGCCGCUGCUGCCUUCAGCAUCUCCCCGCACGUCUCCCUGCAGAACGGCUCCCGCUGGGCGCUGGCCUUCGACAUGUCCUCCCUGUCCAGCAGCCAGGAGGUGAGCCUUGCCCAGCUCCGUGUCCACCUGCCCAGCUCCUCCCCAGCCCAAGACAUCUCCCUCGACAUCUACCACAGCCGGCGGCAGAGCUGCCCGGGCGAUGAGACCUGUGCCCACCAGCUCUUCCUGGGCACCGUGGCUGGCAGCCCCUCUUCCACCCAGAACUCCUGGAAAGUCUUUGACGUCACCAACCUGCUCCGGUCCUGGCUCCACCAAGCUGUGGUCCCUGGGCUCCAUCACCCCAGGGGAAGGGAGCAGUGGGAGGGGAGUGGAUCGGCUGCCCCGGCCGCUGCCACCACCAUGCCCUCACCCACCUCGAGUGAAGCUGGCCCCGAGGAGCCAGCCCUGCCCCAGGACGUGACAGACAGAGUCCUGCUGCUCGUCUUCUCCAAGGACAAGUCUCCAGGAGACCACAGCCUGAUCAAGACGGCAGAGACCUCCAAGCACGUCAUGCGCGACAGCUCCCCGGGCACCGGGACUCGCCGGCACCGCAGGAACAGGAAGGAGAAGCAGAGGAUCAGAGCGAGCAAUGCCACCACCGCCACCGCGGGGGAGGAGGGCAGGCCCCUGUGCAGGAGGGUGGACAUGAUAGUGGACUUCGAGCAGACGGGCUGGGGCAGCUGGAUCGUCUACCCCAAGAAGUACAAUGCCUACCGGUGUGAGGGGCAGUGCCCAGUGCCCGUGGACGAGACCUUCAAGCCCACCAACCACGCCUACAUACAGAGUCUGCUGCAGCUCUACAAGCCCAACCACGUGCCCUGCCCUGUCUGCUCCCCGGUCAGGAUGAGUCCCCUCUCCAUGCUCUACUACGAGAAGGGUGAAGUGGUCGUCCGGCACCACGAGGACAUGGUCAUCGAGGAGUGUGGCUGCAACUGA